AUGAGGGCCGACGAGUUGAUGCGGAAGAUGUGGGAUGAAGAAGUGGUGGGGAUCACUAAUAAAAACAAGCUUUUGACUGCAGAAAAGGUACUUGCUACGCGCAAGGUGGCAGAGUCAAGGUGUUAUGCCAAGGGGCGUUAUGAAGUGGCAAUUCCAUGGCAGGACGAUGAACUGCCGUUGUAUUGCAACAGGAUUAUUGCUGAGGACCGGCUCUACUCUCUCGUUGUGAUUGAAGCAAAUGAGGCCAAGGGUUACAUCUGGAAACUGGAGCCAGGAGAAAUUGACAAUGGCCCAAGUUGGUACCUACCCCAUUUUCCUGUAGUAAGAGAAGACAAAGAGACUACCAAAGUGAGGAUAGUGUACGAUUCAGCCGCCAGAUACGGCGGAGUGAGCCUUAAUGAUACCAUGUUGCUUGGACCAAAACUGCAGCAAGAUGUCUUUGAUGUGCUAUUGCGUUUCCGCAGUACUCCGGUAGCCCUGGUUGCAGAUCUGACGGAAAUGUUCUCACAGGUCACCAUGGCGAAGAAAGUCAGACGGUACCACCGCUUCCUGUGGGGAGGCCUAGACCUCUCAAAACCUCCCGAAGUCUAUGAAGCGAUGAGAUUAAUGUUUAGUGAUCGUGCUUCACCUUACUUAGCCCAGUACGUUGUGCGACAACAUGCAGAAGAUAACAGAGAUAACUACCCAUUAGCAGUAACCAUUAUCCUAUUACAAAUGUACACGGAUGACAUUAUGACUUCAUUGGAGACGGACGAUGAAGCGAUUAAAGCUCGAGAACAGCUUAGAGAGCUGCUUGGUAAGGCAGGCUUUAAAAUACGGCGUUGGUGUAGUAACAGGCCAAAGGUACUUAGAGAUGUUCCUGUGGAAGAACGUGUGGUGAAUGUUGACAUUGAGGAGUCUGAACUACCUUGCAUGAAGGCGUUAGGGGUGCAAUGGAAUGUUGAGACGGAUAUGUUUACCUUCAAAUUGAACCCCCCGCAGGAUGUUGUCUAUACCAAGCGAGGUUUUUUAAAGAAACUAGCCAUGCUGUUUGGCCCAUUAGAGAUGCUAGCACCAUUCACAGUUAGGGCCAGGAUGGCUAUGCAAGAGACGUGGUUACUGGGUUUAUGUUGGGAUGACGAGUUCCCCAGUGACUCGAAGAAGACGUGUCAAAAGUGGUUUAGUUAG